AUGGCUCUACACCUCGAGGACCAGCUGUUCCAGGCCAUCCAGGGGAACGACACAUCCACUGUUGGCCAGCUACUUGACGAUGGUGCUGACCCUAAUGCAGGCCUGCUUGAAGGUGACUGCUCAGCCCUUUCUAUAGCUGUUCGAAAUGGAGCAGAGGAUAUCGUCGACCUGCUUUUGCGCCACGGCUGUCAUUGUUGCAUGGUCGAACAUGUUUCCGAAUCGCCCGCGACCCCUAACCCUAAUCCUGGAGUAGACACAAAUGCGACAAACUCCUUGGUCAGACGGUUAGUCGCACCCAUAGGACUCUCAUUUGCCUGGACUUCAUUAGUCCGCUAUAUGCUGCGACGUUUUGGGUGGCAGCGUCCAAAUAAGUACCAGGCCAUCUUGAUGGGAGCUGGUCACUACCUCCACUGGGUCGAAGUUGUGGCAAAAGAAGCCCUUUCGCUUAAUGUCAACUUGUCAUGGUCGUUCUACCUAAGCUACAAGUUCCAUGUCGGUAAUAUAAUCAUAGUCGGCAUUUUCCACAGGCUACACAAUGCGAUCACCGGUAGACUUUCGGGAGAUUAUGCAGCGGCAUCAAGGCUAGGCCUCAGCUUUCCGUGGUUUGCUCAGGAUAUCUUCUUUUCGAUACUUUCUCACAUGACCAUUCACAGUAUGGCUAGAUGCAUACGAUAUAUGGGUAUCAGGGCAGGGUUGAUGGAGAAGCCUCUAGCAAUCAGCCCGGAGGUGAUUUCCAGGCUCCAACGCAGGAAUUGGGUGCCACCAGCCAAGAAGGUUCUCGACGCUGUUCUUGAGUCGACUUCAAUCACUGAAUCUAUCGUCCUUAAACUGUUACGGGCCGAUAUGCUGGCUGCGAGGCCGUACAGCAAGUCACAUGUAGUGUUGGAGCUCUGCGACCUAGCCAUAGACCGUUGCUGGAGCGAGGUCUUAGUGUAUCUAGUCCGCCAGGGUGCUAUUCUCGAGCCGCUCGAUCACCGCCUUUCUCUGCAGGAUACCUCAUGGCCUCACGUUAUGGAGGCCAUUGUUUAUGAAAUUCCUUCUACAGAACAAAAUGGGUUUGCGACAGCGAGCUUUAAAGGAGUCCCGGUUCGGGGUAGCAUCGAAAGACCGCCAUGGUCUUUAAUACGUCCUAAACCUGCAUUCCACGCUUUAAUGGAAUCUACAACAUUCCAGAGGCUGGUCAGCUCGGGCCUUGAAAAUGAUGAGGCGAUGUGUGAGAGAAUGAUGGAUAUCUUGGUGGAAGCCGGGGCAGACUCCACGGCCAUCCAUCACGACCGCGACGCGGCUUCCUCCAUUACCAGACCGAAAAAAAACCCUUGUUCAGCGAGGGUCCUUGAGUACUUUCUAAGAAUUCACUCGGCUGCUACUCUGCCCGGACCAGAAGUAAAUAUAGACGAAAUGCUAACUGUGAGAGAAUCUGCACUGUAUUCUGCUCUGAACAGCAUCAACCCGAACCUGGAACAUGUUGAGCUUCUCCUGCGCAUUGGCGGCUACUCAGCCAGGGCUGAGAACAGCGAAGGCCGUACUCCGAUGUUUGUCGCCGCAUAUAUGAACGAGAUCACUGAAGCCAUGGACCUGCUUCUCGACCAUGGUGCCGACCCCAAUGAUGGCGGCAGUAAAGGUUAUCCUCCGCUUGUGCGAGCUUUGGAAGACUCGAGCUUGGGCAAGUUCAUGUUCCUUCUCGCAAGCGGAGCCAAUCCCUAUGUCAGGCACGGUGACAAAAGUAUCUUGACUGUUGUACUGGAGCUUCCUGAUACUUCGGUGGUUUUCAAGUACAAACUGGCGCGGCAUCUCAUGGUAGUCCGGGGGGUUGACGUCUAUGAAUUUGCCACUAGGACUUCGCCAGCGCUUCGAGUCGGCACGGCCCAGGGUUGCUACCCAGGUUACAAAGAGUUGAUACUUGAUAUGCUCAUUGACAGUAUACCUAAGAGAUACUUGCAGGGCCAGUUGAAUGAUGCAUUAGAAUUCUGCUGUCGAGAGUUAGAACCCCCAUUCUUUUGGAAACCUUACGCUUCCGCCCUGUUCUACUUGCUGCGUAACGGUGCUGAACCGAGGGUAGCCAAACAGGGAUUUAAUAAUCUGCUUCAUCUUAUCUGCGGCAGUGGGGGCGGGUCUGACCACGAGCAUCGCGAUGAUAUAGCGGCAUUGUUGGCGAAAGAUUCCCUUAAUAUCAAUGCUGUCGGAAAUGGUGGCAGUCGACCCUUACAUCUUGCUAUCCUCCAAACUAAGAGGGAUUUCGUCCUACUGCUGCUCGAAAAUGGCGCUACAACAGAUGUUGAAGACGACCAUCAUAUGACGCCGCUACAGGUUCUUUGUUCUAAGCCAUGUUCUGAAUAUGACCUCACUUACUCAUCUGAUGAGAUAGAUAGCAGUCUUGACGAUCCCUACUAUCAAGGCAAACGAGGAGAAGGUGCUUUUACGUUCGAUCUCCGAGCAGCGAGGAUGCAGGUGAAAACCAGUCUCGAACAAGAGGAGAUACUUCAAGCACUAUUGAACCAUGGCGCAGACCCUUUUAAGGUAGACGCCAGCGGUCGUAAUACUCUCAUGUUGGCAUGUGAAAAGGGAAACACCGUGCUUGUGGCAGGGAUAAUUUACUGGCUCCAUCAGUCGCCGGCGGUUCUUUCUGAGACAGUCCUGGAUGCUACGGACAAUGAGAGGAACACUUGUCUUCAUGUUGCGGCCGCAUGGGGACGCACACGCAUUGUCAAAGUCUUGCUUGGCCCGCAGCAUCUCCGACAGCCCGUGCGAAACGAGUGGCGAGAAAAAGCUAUUCGUGAUGAAAAAUCCGCCAGGUCAGAUACAUUUACCAACCUUCAAGUACUGCAACGACAAGAGGACGAUUACGCUAAAUCCCCAGCUGGACCCUUCCUUCGUGGCAGGAGUUUGAUCUUCACUCCACCUCAAGCUGAUGUUAGGUUCACUAUUGGUAGCGAAAGAAGACUGACCGAAGAAAGCAUCACACUACCGAAUGUCAGCGUUUCGGAAUGGGAACUGAAAAGAGCAACGAUCACCAACCAGACCGCCAAGCUUAUUGUACGAACAAAUACGAAAGGGAAGACACCACUACACUGUGCCGCACAAAAUGGCCAUUUAGAUGUCGUUGAAUUAGUGCUAGAGCUUACAGAUCCUGAUAUUGCGGCAACAGAUACCCAAGGGAAGACAGCAGCACAUUUGGCCUUGGAGAACAAUCACUUUGAUAUUUACCAUAUCUUGCAAAAUCAUGGAUAG